AUGGAGGCGGCGGACGAGCUGCUGGGUCCGAGCGCGGCGGCGCUGCGGCUGCUGGGCGUGUGGCCGGGGGCGGCGUCGGCGUCGGCGUCGGCGUCGGCGCGGGCCACGCUGGUGUGCGGCUGCUACCUGGCCGUGGUCGCCUUCGCCGCCUCCCAGCUGCUGGCCGAGCCGUGGCGGCCCCUCGAGGAGCUCGCCAUCGCCGCCCUCAUCUUCGUCACCGGCUCCUCCUUCACUUUCAAGGCACGGCCCUGCUCCGCAGUUAAUGGAGCCAUGUUCCUGAGAUACCGUCCCCGGCUGCUGCAGCUGGCGACGCAGCUCUGCGGGGGCGGACUGCGGCCGGACGUGGGGGCGGAGACGCGCCGCCGCUACCGCCAGCGCGGCCGCGAGGUCUUCCUCUACCUGCAGGCGAUACUGAGCGCGCCGACACUGCUGUGGUCGCUGCAGCCGCUUCUGGUGCCGCCUGGUGGCAGCGUCGCGAAUCUCUCCAACAUGACGGAGCCUGCGCUCAAGCGUAGUACGCCGCUGCCCAUGUGGCUGCCGCCGGCGCUGCAGAGUUCACCCGCCUACGAGAUGGUGUACGGGCUGCAGGUAUUCUCCAUGCUGGUGGUCCUGCAGACCUCUGUCUUCACUGGCAUCUUCUUCCUCGUCCUCAUGCUCAGCAUCGCUGCCGAGCUGCACGUGCUCAACGACAGCAUUGCCGGGAACAGUGGGCAGGUGUCCAGAUGUGUCAAGGAACUGGAGGCUAUAAUGAACCUGCCGAUCUUCGUUCUUUUGUUUCUACACAUGGUGAACAUCUGCGCACAGAUCUUCGUCACCUCUCUCCUGUUGCAGAAGGACAAUGACUCGACAACGCUUUUCAAGGUGUUGUUCACGCUGCCGAUUUAUCUGUAUGAGACUGGACUUUAUUGCGUGUUUGGUCAAAUCAUUAUCGACCAGAGCGACCGGCUGUCCAGCUCGGCCUACAGCGGCACCUGGCUGCAGGGCGACGUGCGUCUUCGGAGGGCGCUGCUGCUGCUGACGUCACGUGCCGUCCACCCCCUCACUCUAACCGUGGGCAAGACCUACACGCUCUCCAGGCACACCUUUCUCCAGAUUCUUAAUGGCUCGUACUCUCUCUUCAACAUGCUGUAUCAAGUCCAAGGCAACAAGUGAAGGAUGUAAUCUGGAAGAAUACACGUUUUCGUAAUGGACCUACCCUCAG